AUGGCCAAUUCCUCCUUUGUCACCGAGUUCCUAUUGAUGGGUUUCUCCAGCCUUGGGGAAUUGCAGCUUGUCCUCUUUGUGGUUUUUCUCUCCCUCUAUUUGAUCAUUCUGAGUGGAAACAUCACCAUUAUCUCAGUUAUCUGCCUAGAUCACACCCUGCACACUCCUAUGUACUUCUUUCUGUGUGUCCUUUCUGUCUCUGAGACCUUGUACACAAUUGUAAUCCUGCCCAAGAUGCUCAUCAACUUGCUCUCUGUACUCAGGACACUCUCCUUUAUGAGUUGUGCCACCCAGAUGUACUUCUUCCUUGGUUUUGCUGUCACCAAUUGCCUUCUUCUGGGAGUGAUGGGUUAUGAUCGCUAUGCUGCCAUCUGCCAACCAUUGCGCUACCCCGUUCUCAUGAGCCGGAGGGUAUGUGGACAAUUGGCAGUAAUUACUAUUAUUUGUGGCUUCCUGACAUCUCUGGUAGGAACAACUGUGGUGUUUAGCCUCCCUUUCUGUGGCCCCAACAAAGUUGACCACUACUUUUGUGAUAUUUCCCCUGUCAUUCGCCUUGCCUGUGCCAAUGCUCACGUUAAUGAACUGGUCAUCUUUAUUGGUGGGGCCCUUGUGCUUCUUGUGCCCUUGCUCUUCAUCUGCAUCUCCUAUGGCUUCAUUGUCCGCACCAUCCUGAAGAUCCCAUCUGCUGAAGGCAAGCGAAAAGCCUUCUCCACCUGUGCCUCCCAUCUCACUGUGGUUAUUGUCCACUAUGGCUGUGCUUCCUCUGUCUACCUGAGGCCCUCAGCCAAACAUACAUCAGGCAAGGAUAGGCUGGUGACAGUGACCUAUACCAUUAUCACCCCGCUGUUGAACUCCAUGGUAUACAGCCUCAGGAACAAAGAUGUCCAGAUGGCUAUUAGGAAAAUGAUUGGGAAGGCUGUUUUUUUUUCCUAAGAGUUUAUAAUGAGAAUAUUUUAAAAGUGUACAUACACGUCUGUGACAAUCAAAAAUGGAACACUUCUUUUUUUUUAAGCCCUAAGACUGUUCUACUUAACUGUAUAACUGUGUGGUUUUGGAUGUCUGACAUUGUGAGGCCUUAAUGUUUUUGUAUGUGAAGUAGGGAUAAUAAUAUUUUCUUCUCUGGGUGGUUGUAAAGAAUCAGAGUAACUGGUAAUGAAUCAUCACUCUCCACACCCUCCUCCUAUUUCUCUAGAUGUAUAGUUCUCAAGAGGGUUUUAAAAACCAUCAUCUUUUGUCCUUUGGCUUGUUUACCAUCAAUCUCCAUUGAUCAUGGUCUUUGCUUAGGAUUAUGCCCAGCCUAAAAUGAGGUUCCCUAACCUGAAGGUGGCUUACAUCUAACAGUGUGACCUGUUGGAGGAAAAAAGGUCACUAUAUUUGUAACUAGAAGAUUUCAGAUUAGACUCUGGCUAGGACAUGAUGUUGAGACUGCUACGUUCUUUGUACAGAAACAAGGAUUUGAUUAUACAGAACAGUGACAUAAUUUUUCUUUCCUAUUUCAUAGGGUUU